UAAUUUUUACUAUUACGGAAAUGAACGACCGCACAUGUCAACAAUGGCGGACACUGAUGCUCCGACUCUAAGGGGAAAAGACAUAAAUGACUAUCGCGUGGUAGAUUUAAAGAAAGAAUGUGACAAAAGGGGUCUUUCUAAAAGUGGAAAAAAGGAAGACAUUGUAGAGAGACUAAGAACGUUCCUACGAGAAGAACAGGAGACAGAUGAAAAUCCUGAAAAUCAAGAUGAUAAUGAGCCAAAAAAUGCAGCGGAAUCAGAAAAGAGUGAUGUUAUUAAAUUGUAUUUGGAAAAACAGAAAAAGUUACUAGCAGACAGACAGGAAGAAAUAAGAAGAUUUUCAGAUGAGAGUGCAUCAGAAGAAUGUCAAAGUCCAACCAAGAAAGACAAACCAGAUCUUUCUGCUAGAAAAACUCCAGAACAAAAGAAAACUUCAGAAGAUGGUGCUGGUGAUUCUAGAGCCUCAAGGCGAAGGUCAAGUACCCACAGCAACACAGAGGAAACAGCACAGAUAGAGGUGACAUCUCCAAUUCAACCAAGGCCUAAAAGAGGAUGGAGAAAGUCGAGAGAUGGUCCUGCUCCACAGGAAGAAGCAACACAACCAGACGAGCCAGCAGCUAAGAUUGUUGAAAAGUCUACAGAAGAGGAUAAGACCACAGAGAAGGUCAAGGUACCUGAGGAGGAUAAGGUAUCAGACAAUGUCAAGGUUGCUGAAGAAAAAGUCGCAGACAAUGUCAAGGUUGCUGAAGAAAAAGUCACAGACAAGGUCAAAGUUGCUGAGGAAGAUAAGGUUACAGACAAGGUCAAGGUUGCUGAAGAAGAAAGAGUCACUGACAAGGUCAAAGUUGCUGAGGAAGAUAAGGUCACAGAUAAAAUCAAGGUUGUUGAGGAAGACAAGGUCACAGAUGAGGUCAAGGUUGCUAAGGAAAUCAAGGAUUCAGGUAUAACUGAAAAAGUUGCAGAGUCUGGCACACCUAAGGAUUCAAAUAUUAGUUUAAAAGUUGUUGAUACAGAUAAACCUAAAACAGGAAAAGCAGAGGAUUCCAAAAAAGGAGAAAAAAGUGAAGAAGGUGAAAAUAAAACAGAAAUCAAAAAUAUAUGUACUGAAGAAUCAAAGGAAACACUUAAUGAACCUGUGAAAUCAAGGUCAAAAUCUCCUGAAGAUAAGACAAGACAAGAAAGAAGUAUGUCCACUGAGAAAUCCGAUGAUGGCAACAGGGAGAGGGAAAAGACCAGUGGGCGUCGCCGGUCUGAAAGUGGCAGCAGUGACAGGGAAAAGUCGAAGAAACCAAGGAGAUCAAGGGCAUCUAGUAGUAGUAGCAGCAGCAGCAGUAGGUCAAGAUCACCUCCGAAAAGGAAAUCUAGGUCAUCUUCAAGUUCAAGGUCAAGGUCUAGAUCUAAGUCACCAACAAGAGAGGCAGCAACCAAACCAAAAUUACAAAGAAAAUCUAGGUCAAAAUCACCAGAUAAUAGGUCAUCAUCAAGGUCAAGAUCACCACCAUCCAAAAGAAGAUCCAGAUCGUCGAGUUCCAAGUCAAGGUCACCAUCACCAGUGCCUGAAAAGAUUCAGAAACCUGCAAAAAUGGAAGUUGAGGAAGCUGUGUCAACAACAGCAACACAGGAUGAUGAAGUAAAGGCAGAUGAGAGCUCUUCAGCAAUGGAGGUAGAAGACAGUGACAAUAAGCCAGAUACUACAGUAGAAUCAGUAUUUGAAAAGGAAACAGAAGGAGAGACAACAAUGGAAUCAGAUGUAUCACCAGAGAAGAUGAAAAAGAAAAUCUUGUCUCCAGGUAUUGACAGAGAAGAAGGAGAAAAAGAAGAUAAAGAAGAAGAAAAGGAGAAUGUGAAAGAGAAACCUGUGAGAAAGAGGAAAUGGGGAUCUAAGACUGGGCAGCCAAAGGGAGCGAAGAGGAUCUCUAGUUACAAUAUAUCUACAGACUCACUGAAGGGAUUGAUUCCAGAUAUCAAGUUAACAGAACCUGUUCUUGACCUUGGUAAUGAUGAUGACAGGAUUUCUGAUGUAGAAGAAGACAAAAGAGAUGUGACAAUAAGGAGAACUGUGGUUGUUAAAGAUGAUGAGGCUAAAGAGGACUUAGAGGAAGGAGAAACCCCUGAUUCUCCAGAAGAGGGAGAGACUGUGGAAGAAGAUAAAGAAGAAACUGAAAUGGAGGUUCAAGAGGAUAAAAGAAAAGUUAAAAAAGCUGAACAAGUAGUUAUAAGAAGAGUGAGUCAGAAGAAGCCGCUUAUUGAAAUGGAAGAACCAGCCCAGGUCAAAUCAAGGUCACCAUCUCCGGCAAGGAAUCCUGUUACUAAUAUUGUUCAUUUGAGGAAUCUUGUACGACCUUUCACCUUACUACAGCUGAAGGAUUUACUUAGGAGAACAGGGACAAUGACAGAUGAUAAAUUCUGGAUAGAUUCCAUCAAGUCACAUUGUUAUGCUACAUUUGAGACUGAAGAUCAAGCUGUAGAAACAAGGAAAGCUUUACAUGGGAAAAAAUGGCCGUCAUCUAAUCCUAAAAUAUUACAAGUAGAUUAUGCCACUCCAGAUGAGAUUGACUAUCACAAAAAUGAGGAGGAAGCGCCACGAUUAGCCAAAGAAAAAGCCCAAAAAGAAGCUAAAGCCAGAAAGGAGGAAGAAAAGAGAAGGAAGGCUGAAAGAGAAGUGAGGUUAGCAAAGAAAAAAGAAGAAGAAGAGGCAAAGAAGAAUAAACCUCCACCAAUCAGAGAGUGGGACAGGGACAAGAUCAGACAGUCAGAGGAAAAGGAAGAUCCUCAAAGACGACGUAGACCGUCUAGUGGUUCACCUACAAAAGACAGAAGACGGGGAGAUAAAAGUAGGGAGAAAGAAAGAGAUAAGGAAAGGCCUGCAAAGAAAGAAAAAACAGAUAAAAAAGAAGAUGAAGAACCUCCUGCCAAGCUAUUAGAUGAUCUGUUCAAGAAAACAAAAACUACUCCAUGUAUAUACUGGCUACCAUUAACAGAAGCACAGGCAGCUGAAAAGGCAAAGCAAAGAGAGGCAGAAAGAGAAAAAAGAUUGAAAGAAAGAGAAAAGAGGAGAGAGUCAGAUCCAACACCUCCCCCUCGUAGAAACUUAGACAGAGAAAGAAGAAGUCCUCCACCUAGAGGUAGAAUGGAUGAAUGGCCAAAACGAAGAUCACCUGAACGAAGAAUGUUACCUGAUAUGAGAGAUAGGAGAAGAUAACUCAUGAUUAACAAAUAACAUAUAGAUAGGUUUUACAUCAUGUACAUUUUAAAUGGUAUCUUAAAAAGAAAAUUUAAGUGGUACUUUUUAUGAUUGAGAAUCAAGGGGGAAAGCAGAUGGGUAUAUUGCAAGGUAUCUCUUCGAGGGUUAAGCAUAUGUUUUUUAUGAUCACAUAGAUUGUAAGGUGGUGAUAUGUUCAUGGCAUUUAUGGUUGAUUAGAUUCUACUGCCAUGUGGUAUUCCAUCAUCAGUGAUGGAAGUCGUUUGUCUGUCCGGUAUGUGCUAGCAUUUUUGUAGAUUAUAGCAUUGUAUAAUUAUGAUAUGACCAGAAUGUAUUAAAGGAAUAACUGAAACAUGUGUAAUUCAAUUGUAAUUUUUCAAUAAUGGAGAAAAUAUGAAUUAUUUCAUCUGACAUUUGGUCAGCUAUAAAGACAAAUUUUAAUCUGUUGAAAAUUUAAUGGGCUUAAUUCAACAUUGGUUUCCAAAUAUGCAUAACUUCAACAUGUUGCUCUUAAAACAAACUUGCAUCAAAUUUACAUUUAUUUAGAAAACCAAAAUAUGCUUGAAAUUCAAAUUUUAUUUAAAUUCAAACAAAUAAACAUAAAAUUAGUAGGUACGGACAAAAUUGUUCUUUAAAUUGGUAGUUUGACUUCAGAAAUGAAUUAUUUUGCACUAAAAUGGUAAGAUUUUUUGCUAUGAAUUUUCAUUUCUCGUACUGUUAAAGCUAAAUAAUGGCUUCAUGUAUAAUACAGUCAUUUUUUAUAGAACCAUUUCAUUUUAUUGUGCAUACAUGUAUUUAAGUUCAUUAAGAUACUUGUCAUUUCAUUUUACAUUAAAGUUGAGGUUAAAUAAGAUAUCAUCUGUAAUGGAAUCAAUAUGUGGAAUAAAUUGAAUCUGCUGAAUUUAUGUUCAUCUAUUUUACUUCAUUAAAUUUACAUAUUUAUUCUUUUAUUUUUAAAUUGACUUUAUUUUUGUUGUGUUACUUGUAAUGAAAAAAUAAAAUAUUUUAUACAA